CAGCCCUAGCGACAAGCAGGUGACCUGCCCGCCCCUCUCACCGAGGCUGAGGAAGGCGAGGGGGCAGGCUGAGGGCACCGCCGCUCUCGGGCUACAGCCGGGUUUCGGCCUGGGCACCGCUCCGGCUGAAGCUCCGACUCUGAGGAGGCAGCCAGAGUAAAACUCGGCGUCGCAGCUUCCUAGCUCUCCGGUACCUUUUAACGGAUACAUACGUGAUGUCAGGCCCUGUGCUGGAUACUGGGGAUGAAAAUACCUCAAGUCCAUGCCACUCCCAAAUCCAACUGGGAUCCUCUACCCUAGGACCUGCAAAGUCACUUAUCUGGGGACCAGGACCCUUUCUCAGACUCUGCUCUCCUUUAUCCCCCACCCCAUCUGACCCAGGACCUGCUAUCAGAAGCCUUAGGACAUGGCACCAACAGCUUCAAUUCAUACCCCUCCUGCUACCUACCGAUGUUCCAGCUGUGAUUUCUCCGCUGCCCCUUGAUGGGACCAUCUGAAAAACUAUCCACUGGCUGGAUGCUAGAGGAAGCUGAGAUGCAAAUUGAUCCCCAGCCAGCAGAGAAGAGCAGGGGACGGGCCCUGGGAGACUGGAGCACUUCACGCCUCCCCCCAGCCCUGUCCUUCCUCCUCCUUUUGCCGCUGGCCAGCACCCUACAGCCCACCCCACUGCCCUUUCCAGAGCUGAGGCUGGUGGGGGGCCCAAGCCGCUGCCGGGGGCGCCUGGAGGUCUUGCACGGCGGCUCCUGGGGCAGCGUCUGUGACGAUGACUGGGAUGUGGUGGAUGCCAACGUGGUGUGUCGACAGCUGGGCUGCGGCCUGGCACUACCCGUGCCGCGGCCCCUCGCCUUCGGCCAAGGCCGAGGCCCCAUCCUGUUGGACAACGUGGAGUGUGGCGGGCAGGAAGCUGCGCUGAGCCAGUGCGGCAGCCGAGGCUGGGGCGUCCACAACUGCUUCCACUACGAAGACGUGGCUGUCCUGUGCGAUGAAUUCUUGCCCACGGAGCCCCCAACAAGGAAAGUGUUAACCAGUAGGGCGCCCCCUACAACUCUCCAGAAUGGGAAAGGUGAGGGCAGCGUGCGCCUAGUCGGGGGCGCGGGCCCGUGUCAGGGCAGAGUGGAGAUCCUGCACGGUGGCCUGUGGGGCACUGUCUGCGACGACGACUGGGGGCUGCCGGAUGCUGUCGUGGUCUGCCGCCAGCUGGGCUGUGGGGCGGCCCUGGCCGCCACCACCAACGCCUUCUUCGGCUAUGGCACGGGGCACAUCCUGCUGGACAACGUGCACUGCGAAGGCAGCGAGCCCCGCCUGGCAGCCUGCCUAAGCCUGGGCUGGGGUGUGCACAACUGCGGCCACCAUGAGGACGCCGGCGCGCUCUGCGCAGUCCUGGGACCUCCAACUCUCACUGCACUCCCACCUUUGGCCACAAGAGAGGACUGGGCCUGGCACACAGAGCCAGAAGCUACAGGAGUUGGUGCCCUGCCUUCCAGGGAGACAGCACAGUUCACCACAGCUACCUGGGUCGUGGGGAAGAAAAGCGGGCGGCUGCGGCUGGUGGGCGGCCCGGGCCCGUGCCGCGGCCGUGUGGAGGUGCUGUACGCCGGGGGCUGGGGCACCGUGUGCGACGACGACUGGGACUUCGCGGAUGCGCGUGUGGCCUGCCGCGAGGCGGGCUGCGGGCCUGCGUUGGGCGCCACCGGCCUCGGCCACUUCGGCUACGGGCGCGGCCCCGUGUUGCUGGACAACGUGGGCUGCGCCGGGACGGAGGCCCACCUGAGUGACUGCUUCCACCUGGGCUGGGGCCAGCACAACUGCGGCCACCACGAAGAUGCCGGCGCGCUGUGCUCAGGCCCAGAGGAGCUAGGACUGCAAGCCCAGCUGGACGGUUCUGAGACCACCCGGGCGCCCACUCCUCGGCCCAGGGACGGGCACUUGCGUCUGGUCAAUGGAGCCCACCAAUGUGAGGGGCGUGUAGAACUCUUCCUAGGCCAACGGUGGGGCACUGUUUGCGAUGACGCUUGGGACCUGCGGGCAGCCACUGUCCUGUGCCGCCAGCUGGGGUGUGGCCAGGCCCUUGCAGCCCCCGGUGAGGCCCACUUUGGCCCAGGCCGAGGCCCUAUCCUCCUGGACAAUGUCAAGUGCCGUGGGGACGAGAGUGCCCUUCUGCUCUGCUCUCACAUCCGCUGGGAUGCCCACAACUGUGACCACAGCGAGGACGCCAGUGUUCUGUGCCAGUCAUUGUGACCCAGCCCAUUCUGCAGACCAUCUCUUCUGGGAGCCUGCCAUGGCCUGCCCCUCUUCCUCCAGGAAGCCCUCCUCCUCUGACAACUUCAGUUCACUCUAUCCU